GCUGGACCACAGAAUGAGCCCCAGGCCAGCCUGGGUUAUGUGAGUUGAAGACCAACCUGAGGCUAGCUUGGCUUACAGAGGGCGUUCGAGGCCAGCCUGGCCACAUAGUGAGUCCCAGGCCAAUCUGGGUUGCAAAGAGAGGUGAAGACCAGACUGGCUACACAGCAAGUUCAAGGCCAGCCUAUGCAACGUUCUAGGCUCUUUCUAAAAACGUCAAUAAAAACAAUAUAGGAAAACCAAAACAGAAGAAGCUUGGGGAGAGGCGACUGCACUUGGAAGCAUUUAGGAGAAGACUGGAAAUGUGCAAGGGAGCAGUCACGGUCCUGAAAAGACUAGGAACAGAGGGCUCCACCCAAGAAGUGGGGUGCCUGCUUUGGAUAAUAGAGAGGGGCUUACAUUUAUAAAAGAGAAGGAACCGAUGGGUAGGCCCCAAGCAUGGGAACCCCGAAACCGCGGAUCUUGCCCUGGCUGGUGUCGCAGCUGGACCUGGGGCAAUUGGAAGGCGUGGCCUGGCUGGACGAGAGCCGCACUCGGUUCCGGAUCCCGUGGAAGCACGGCCUGCGGCAGGAUGCCCAGGUGGCUGACUUUGGCAUCUUCCAGGCCUGGGCUGAAGCCAGCGGUGCCUACGUCCCAGGGAAGGAUAAGCCCGACCUGUCGACCUGGAAGAGGAAUUUCCGGUCAGCCCUGAACCGGAAAGAAGUGUUGCGAUUAGCCGAUGACCAGAGCAAGGACCCCUUUGACCCUCAUAAAGUGUAUGAGUUUGUGACCCCAGCAAGGGACUUUGCACAUCUGGACACCUCUCCUGAUCCCAAUGGCAGAAGCAGUCUGUCUGAUCCCCAGGAAGACCUCCGGGAAUUACUGGGUGACAUGGUCUUGGAACCUCUCCCAGAUGAGGGGUCCUCAGGCCUGGCUAUUGCUCCUGAUCACUCUCAACUACUACUAAGCCCAAAUCUGGACAACCUCCCAAACCUGGCACCCCAGGAAAAUCCACUGAGGCAGCUGCUAGCUGAGGAACAAUGGGAGUUCGAAGUGACCGCUUUCUACCGGGGCCGGCAGGUCUUCCAGCAGACACUCUUUUGCCCAGGGGGCCUGCGGCUGGUGGGCACCACAGCUGAUAACAGGACACUGCCCGGACAGCCAGUCACCCUGCCAGACCCUGAGGGGUUUCUGACGGACAGGCUUGUGAGAGAGUAUGUGAGCCAAGUUCUCAAGGGGCUGGGCAAGGGGCUGUUUCUGUGGCGGUCAGGGCAGUGUCUCUGGGCCCAGCGUCUGGGCCACUCCCAUUCUUUCUGGGCUCUGGGUGACGAGCUGCUUCCAGACAGUGGGCGAGGGCCAGAUGGAGAGGUUCCCAAAGACCAGGACGGAGUUGUGUUCGACCUUGGGCCCUUUGUGACAGAUCUGAUUGCCUUCAUGGAAGGAAGUGGACACUCCCCACGCUACACUCUGUGGUUCUGUGUAGGGGAGUCGUGGCCCCAGGACCAGCCGUGGGUCAAGAGGCUUGUGAUGGUCAAGGUUGUUCCCACGUGUCUUAAAGAGCUGUUAGAGAUGGCUCGGGAAGGAGGAGCCUCCUCACUGAGAACUGUGGACUUGCACAUCUCCAACAGCCAGCCUAUCUCCUUCACUUCUGACCAGUACAAGGCCUACCUCCAGGACUUGAUGGAGGAAAUGGACUUCUAGGCCACCAGAGACACCUGAGCCCUGCCCAGCUGCCACCAAUAAAGCAGUUUAUGCCACCAUCA